CUGAAGCAGUACUGGAAACGCUCUCAUGGUCACAUGAUCAGCGGUUUGUCCAGCUGUCCUCUCUUCCAUCACGUCUUCAGGACGCUGGACAAAGCAGGACGCCCCCGCAGGUCCACGGAGGCACCCCCAGAGCCCGCCUCCAUCCUGGUGGGUCAUGCGGAGACGCUGCUCCCCCUGCUGUCCCUGCUGGGACUCUUCAAGGACGAGACUCCGCCCACUGCCAGCAACUACCACACACAGCACGGGAGGAGUUUCCGGAGCAGCCUCAUCGUCCCGUACGCCGCCAACCUGAUCUUCGUCCUGUACGACUGCCAGCGGGGGCCGCGGCUGCAGCUGCUCCUCAACGAGGCCCCUGUUCGAUUCCCGGGGCUGGAGGAGGACGCGCCGCUGUACCGUGACGUCCGCGCCACCUACCGCCACCUGCUGGACGGCUGCGACUUCCACAGGGAGUGUGAGGGAAGACCUGGACGCGGACCCAACACAGAACUCUGAGAGGACCAGAAUCCUCGUCCUACCUCAGAUCCCCCCGACAGCCGGCGUCCAAUCACAGCUUAGCAACAGUAAAUGUCUGCUGUGGGCUUCGAACUCACGGCGUUCUCAACACUGAGCGUACGGCAGUGAUCAAUAGGACUGAUUGAUUAUCUGGACAAACGUUGGUCACACUGGUGGUUUCUGGGAAACUUCCUGUCAGCUGAUUGGUCUGACUGUGACAUUAUUGAUCCAGAAAUAUCGGCUCCAAUCAACGAGAACAGCGAGUGAGUAAUCAAUAAUCAGCAGUAAAUGUGAUCAAUAAUAAUAGGACAGAUCUGACCUGAUUACUGAUCAAUCUAUUAUUGAUCGUAUGACAUAAAUAUCUACUACAGGACAUUAUAUAACCUAAUUAAUAAAUCAUGAUAUCAUUCAAGGUCUAACAACAACAACAACAACAACAACAACACCUGGAAACAGGACGGUGGCGCUGUGGGGUUACACAGAGACAAAAACAGGGGCGGCUGUGUUUUAUUCUUAAGAAACAAACUGUACAAUAUGAUUAUUGAUCCAUUCAUACGUCUACAAUCACAUUAUUGAUCCAUUCAUACGUCUACAAUCACAUUAUUAAUUAAUCUAUACGUCUACAAUCACGUUAUUGAUCCAUUCAUACGUCUACAAUCACAUUAUUGAUCCAUUCUGAGGAUUUCCAGUCAAACAUUAACGAUCUUUGGAGAAGCCUCGUUCAUUCAUCGGUUUCUGACUUUAUAAACAUCUGAAAGUUUGUGCUCGGCGCCGCCGCCUUCUGGUGAAAGUUCCUACGGCAACUUUAACAUCAGGAGGGUGGAUGGUUUGAAUGAUUCCUGAGGAAGAGCAGGUGAUGGUGAGAGUGUAUUGAUCAGAUAAAACUGAAAACAAAAAACAAUACAGUUCAUUGAUUUAUUGAUUUAUUGAUUUGUUGCAGUGCCACCAUCAGGACGAGCAGCAAGAAGAACAUUGAUUAAUUAGACAUUAAAGAAUAAAUAAGUGCCAAUAAAUAAUUGAAUCAAUCAUUAAAAUGUUUAAUUUUAUUACAUUUGUGUUUGAAAAACUAAUUUUGUUUUUUAAGUUGGUGAGAAAAACUUUAUUUCUUCCUCAGAUUGAAACUGACACUUUUUUUUGGUUUGACUUUGGUGAACUUUGACCCUUUAGUGGUGACCUGUGACCCUUUAAUCUGCUGUAAACAAGAGUCAGUUUUUAUUGGUUCAUUCUGACAGAUUAAAGCUGAUUUAUUUCUUUAUUUAUUCUGGUUCAUUAUUAAUUUUAUACUCAUUUGUUGUUGUUUUUAUUGAUUUUGAUUUGGACUUUUUCAUUUGAGGACAUUAUGAGAGUUUUUGUUGUUUCAGGGUUCAUUAUUAUUUUAUUGUUGAUUUUAAAAUGGUGACUCAGCUUUCUUAACUUUAUGUUAUUUAUGUUGUUUUUGUUUAUGUUGUUCACAUUGUUUACGUUUUCACUUGGUGCUUUUUCUUUCUUUCACUUCCUGUUUUUGCAGAAUGACGGAUGCCAAAUGUUUGUAAUUAAAGAGCUUUAAUAAACUUUUUCACAACUGUU